CUUCAUUAGUCAUUACGAGUUGCCCUUUACGUUUUCCCCUGUACUUUUCAACCGGACUACUGUGCAUUCUAGAGAGAGAGAGAGAGAGUGAUGGGUAAGCAGCCGGUGAGAAUGAAGGCGGUUGUUUACGCCUUGUCUCCUUUCCAGCAGAAGGUGAUGCCGGGCCUCUGGAAGGAUCUGCCUGGUAAGAUCCACCACAAGAUCUCCGAAAAUUGGAUCAGUGCUACCCUUCUCCUUAGCCCUCUCGUCGGAACAUACUCCUAUGUGCAGUGGUAUCAGGAAAAGGAGAAGAUGGAGCAUAGAUACUGAAAAUUCCAUGUUUUAUCCACUCCUACUGGCCAUGAUUUUGCCAGGAGCUGCAGUUGUUAAACUCUGGAGUUUAAAUGCUCAUUUGCAGAUAUCUACUUCUGUGACCUUUCAACUUUUGUUAAAUAACUUGAUGUUUGAAAUCUGUGGUGUUAUGCAAAAAUUUUCUGAAUACCUGUUUUCUAUUUUUCAUGAAUAAAGAAACAGAUUUUGUUAUGACAUAA